AUGCAGUUUGGGAGUUCAGCUGCCGUGAACCCAGAUGGCAUCCUCUACACACUGGACAUCAAUGGGGAGCCCAAGAAAGUGAUCGCAGGGGAGGGCUUUCUAUGCGUGAUCCUCGUGUCCGGCGAUCUCUUCUGCUCGGGCUCGAAUUCAGUCGGUCAGGCAGGGAUCGGAGGGAAGAACUGGACCUUGAACAUGGUGCAAGUGAACGUCGGUAAGGGGCUCGGGGUGGUCGACGCCGCCGCUGGAGCAUGGCACACCUGCGCAAUCCUCAACAACAGCCAGGUGAAGUGCUGGGGUUAUCACACUGAGUCACUCCCAGCAUGCGGCGUGGGCCCGGUGGCAGCCGACGAGUGGGCGCGGAUCAUGAAAGCCAUGGGAGAUGCCCUGCCCCCCGUGAGCCUGUCAGGAACACCUGUCUCCAUCGCAGCAGGGAACUUCCAUACCUGUGUCGUGCUUGCGGACGGCAACACCCAGUGCUGGGGGAGCAACUUUGUGGGAGAGCUGGGGUACGGGGUUGACGGGAUAGUCGGCUUCACGAAUGAGUCCAUCCCCGUGGUUGAGCUUCCAGGCGAUCUCUACGCCCUCAGAGUAUGGGCUGGAGGAUUCUCAACUUGCGUUCUGCUCUCGAACGGGAGAGUCGCUUGCUGGGGACAGAACUCUUGGGGAAUGUUGGGGUACUCCGACAGCACCGAUCGCGGAUCAGACUACUCCUCGAGUUUCAUGAAAGAUUACUUUGUGAUGGAAGGAGUUGAGGAGGUCGCCAUUGGAAGUUCCUCCUUCUCCUGCUUCUUGUUGCAAGACCAGACCGUCCGAUGUGUCGGCAACAACGACAAAGGGCAACUUGGGAAUGGUCAGCCGCUCGACAACUCCAUGUUUCGCUACCUUGCGGAGCAGGAAGCAUCGAUGAAUGGCCUGAAGGCGAUCAAAGUUGUUGCAGGAAUCGAUCAUGCAUGUGCCGUCCUCGUGAACCUCAGCACUGUCUGCUGGGGAGGAAAUCUUUACGGCCAGAUCAAGGAUGUAGCGGAUCAGACUAUGUUCGCCUCGUGUUUAAGCAACGCCUAUUGCACUCUCCCGACGCUCGGCAACGGAACCUUCUUGACGGGCAACAAGACGCUUGCGGGAGGGAUAGCUCGGGUGAUGUGUGACAAUGGCUUCACCUUUCAGAACGAGUCCAACACGGUCCUGAUUCUCAACUGUCUUAAUUCAGGCCUGGGAAAGAAUGCUACAUGGGACAGGCUUCCUCCCAAGUGUGUGAAGGAGCAACCUGUUGUCAUCAAAACUUGUCCCAGCUCGUUGGGCUUGUCGAUGAGAGGAGGAGGCUGCUUCCUCCCCAUCAACAGCGGAUGUCAGGCUUGGACUGAUUGGGCUGGCUGGAUCAAUCGAAAGUCCCAGGCUGCAUACAUGUCAUGGUGUAUGGAGCAAGAUUGCAGUCAGAGCCUGGAAACUGCAUCGAACUGGCACCCGUACGCCGGUUGCAGGUACGUCGAUGCCAACGGAUUCUGCAUGAAGUAUGAGUCUGCGCAGGAGUACUGUGUGAAGAAUCCAGAAAACAUCUACUGCAAGGACGGAGGUCUUAAAUGGGCUCUACAGCCGCUGGGCAACGCCUCCCACCAACCCUCCCAGUGGUACCCCAAGAGUGACGUCUCCUACUACGAUUCCUCCAAGACCUUUAGCUGCUCGUGCCUGAAGCAGUGCCGAUGCCAUGGCAGCUACGGCGACGUAGAGUGCGAUUGCUACAGCAAACUGGAUCUGCCUUCAGGCUCCGUCGUCCGCACGGAUUUCUCCCCAGUCGGCGCGGGUGACUUUGGACGUAUCAAGGAGAUUUCCAAGUCAAGUUGGGCGUACCAGAAAACGUGCUCCUGUAUGUGCGACAAGAGGAAUUAUUGGGAUGACCGAUAG